CAGCCUCUGCCCUCCAAAGCUGUGCUUUUACCCUCCCUAGUCGCCGUCUCCCCUGUCAGAGGAAGUUCAUCCACACAACAGCCUCACAGUAAAUUGGGUCACAGCAGACAAGAACAGCAAUCGCAAUGUCCGACCCCCGGGACAAGGUGGACGGGCUGUCUGUGCCAUCCAAGACGCCCGCCGAUAUGGACGCGGCGGAAAAGGCAACAACCGACAGCAAGCCCGAGAGUGUGACGGGCGUCGGCGUCGUCCUAAGCGGGCCCGCCGCUACCACCGCCGCGACCUCGGACCCCUUCAACAUCGACCCCAAGGCGGAGCGCUCGCUGGUAUGGAAGUUCGACCUGCGGCUGCUGCCGGUGCUAUCCGUCAUGUACCUCUUCAACUCGCUCGACAAGAGCAACCUGGGCAACGCCAAGACCAACGGCCUCGAGAAGUCGCUGGGCCUGCAGGGCAACGACUACAACAUCCUGCUCUCCGUAUUCUUCAUCCCCUACGUCCUCACGGCCCCGUUCCUCGGCAUCGUCGGCAAGAAGUAUGGGCCGAGCCGCGUGCUGCCGUGCAUGAUGUUCUGCUUCGGCAUGGCCACGCUGCUCGUCGUGGUGACGCACAACUUCAGUGGCCUCUUCGCGCUGCGCUGGUUCCUGGGCAUGGCCGAGAGCGCCUUCUUCCCCCUCGUCAUCUACUACCAGACCAUGUUCUACCGCCGCGGCGAGCUGGCCCGCCGCCUGGCCAUCUUCUACGCCGCCCAGAGCAUCGCAUCCGCCUUUGGCGGCCUGCUGUCCUUUGGCGUCUUCCAGAUCCAGGGCGGCGCCAUCGAGCCGUGGCGCUACCUGUUCGUCAUCGAAGGGGCGGGGACCGUGGCAUUUUCCGUCUUUGCCUUUUGGUACCUACCCCUGUCCGCGUCCGAGGCGCGCUUCCUGACCGAGGACGAGCGCCGGCUGGCCCACCACCGCAUGCAGAUGGAUAGCUCGUCCGUCGUCAACGAGAAACUCAACAUCCGCGAGUCGCUCUCCAUCUUCAAGCACUGGACCUCGUGGCUCAUCCUCGCAAUCCAGAUGUGCCUCGGCGUGCCGCUGCAGUCGGUCAACCUGUUCCUGCCCCAGAUCGUGCAGCGGCUCGGCUACGGGCCCGCAAAGACGAACCUGUACACGGUCGCGCCAAACGUCACGGGCGCCGUCAUGCUGCUGGUCCUGGCCUUUGCGAGCGACUACACGCGCCUGCGCUUCCCCUUUGUCGCCCUCGGCUUCCUCUUCACCUUUGUCGGCAUGGCCGUCUACGCCGGGCUCGACGACGUGCUGGGCAGCCAGCAGAUGGUGGCCUACUUCGCGUCCUUCAUGAUGACGUGGGGCACGUCGGCGCCCAGCGUGCUGCUCGACGUGCUGUACAACAACAACAUCGCCCACGAGGGCAAGCGCGUCGUCCUGACCAGCAUCGCCGUGCCCGUCGCCAACCUCAUGGGCGUCGUGAGCUCAAACAUCUUCCUCAACAAGGACGCGCCAAAGUACCUGCCCGCCCUGGCCACGACGGCCGCCUUCGGCGGCCUCGGCGGCCUGCUCACCGUCGCGCUGGGCCUGUACAUGAUGUGGGACAACGGGAGGCGCGACGCGGCCCAGGGCGUCAAGGUCAGGCCCAUCGACGUGCCGACGGAGAAGCUGCGCGACGGGCCGGCGUCGCCCGACUUUCGGUGGUGCUUGUAAAAUUAGACUGGUGGCGCGCUUCCUUUUCAUAUCAUGGUAGAGAUGAGCUGGUACCUAAAAAGAACACAACAAAGCUCAUACAUAGUAGACGGCCUCUAAAUACAUGCGCAUCUAGAUCACUUUAGCCCUCCGCUAAGCAGGAUGCUCUGCCCCGUCAUGU